AUGGCUACGAGAGAAAAGCUCCAUUCCGCUACGGAGGCAGAUGUUGAGCACAAAGUGUUGAAGUACAAAUCUUACCUGGAGACCAACCAAAAUGGUAGCAAGGUGCUGUAUAUUUUUACCCGGUUGUCUGAAAUGUUCAUCACCAUUGCAAUUUUACAGAAAACUGGAAUAGGGAAAGUGGUAAACAGCUUCAGAAAAAAGGAUGGAGAAAUUGGAGAACUAGCAAGAAAUCUUGUUGCAGGUUGGAAGUCAAUGGUAGCUCAGAGAUUAGAAGCUGAAGAUGAGGCUCGAGAAUCAGCGAGCCAGGUCAAUAGCGAGGAUAAAUCUGGAUCUGAAUCCCAGCCUGACAACAGCUCAGCUGGUGAGGAUGUCCAGUCAGGCAAUGAGACAAGUGAAGAAGUAGAAAAAAUUGAAAACAAGUGUAACAAAAAUGCCAAAUAUAGCUCUGAUGUCAGCAAAGAAAACUCUUCCAGUAAAUCAAACAAUGAACGAAACGUCCGCCAAAAUGAACAAAAGGAAAGUAAGAGUGACAAAGUGAGAAGUCACAGACAUAAGGAGAAAGAUACUUUACAAAAUGAUCAUGACAAGCAUAAACAUGGAAAUUCUGACAGUAAGCAUAAAAAUUCUGAAAGUAAGCAUAGACAUUCUGAAAAUAAGCAUAAACAUUCUGAAAAUAAGCAUACAAGUUCUGAAAAUAAGCAUCAAAGUUCUGAGAGUAAGCAUAAACAUUCUGAAAAUAAGCAUACAAGUUCUGAAAAUAGACAUAAAAGUACUGAAAAUAAGCAUAAGAGUUCUGAGGAUAAAAGUUCCAGUAGUAGGCAUUCAAGUUCCAAUAAUAAGCACAAAAGUUCCGAGAGUAAGUUUACAGAAGACAAACAGGAAAAUACAGAAAGAAAAGAGAACAACUUGGGAAGUAAAUAUAAAGUCGAUGUAAAUAAGCACAAAAAAGAUGGCCAACACAAGAAUGAACAGAAAGAAAAGGAAGCAAAAAACUCCAUACAGGAUGAUCAUGUUGUAAAAAGUGAAACAAGCAAGAAUAUGAUAAGUCCAGCAGAUUCUCGUGUGUCUUCAGAAUUCAACAAAAAAACAGAAACUAAAGAUGACAGUGAUAGUGACCCAUUACACUGGGAAAUGUUGGAGUCCUUUGAACAAGAAAAUUCGCCUCAGCACGAACAAUUCCAACGAGAAAAAAAGGAGGUAUCAGAGGAAAAUUUGUUGUCAGAACAAAAUCUGGAAGGGAGCAAUCGUUCAGUAUUUUGUGAUUCUAUGAAAUCUACAGAAUGUGAGAGAACACAUGAUGGUCAAGUUUUGACAUCGAAAAAAGAAAAAGAACACUCAAAAGAUCGUGAAUCCAAACACAAGCACAGGGAAAAAUCAUCAAAAUCACACCACAGUGAAAAAAAGGAAAGUUCAACAGAGAAAGAAAAACACCAUCGGGAUGAAUUGGGUCAUAAAAGUAAACAUUCCAAGCAUAAACACAAACAUUCAGAUAAAGAAAAGGAACAUAAACAUUCAAAACACAAAGAACUUGAAACAGGGGAGAUAACUCAAAAAAAAAGAGAAUCUGAAAAACAAUCACUAGAGAAAGAAGCUCCAUCUCCGACAGUGCAACUGAAGGAAAGAGGAAGAUCUAGCAUAUUGGAAUCUUUAACUCAUGAAGUUGAUGAAGGAAAGUUUGUUACUGAUGAUUUACCUGGUCUUUGGUUUUUAAACUCAAACAAUAACAGUCUUUUAGCACAUAAAGAUGACAUGGAGAGUUCAAAGUUGAAAGUGCCUUGUGAGAAUUCUAAUGUCAAAGUUGAUUCCAAAAUAAGUGACAAAAAACAAGAUUCUACUAUUUUUUCAGAUCAAAGUUUAACUUCUGAAAAUGACAAAAAAGACAAGAAAAGACAUAAGCAUUCCAAAGAUAGAGAAAGUUCCUCGAAAAAGCACAAGUCUGAUAAGGAUUCCAGAUCGAAGCACGAUUCCAAGCACCACCAUGACAAGAAAAGAAAACAUUCUGGUGAUGCAGAUCACUCAAAGCCUUCAAAAACACGACGUACAAGCAGCCAGGAUGGAAUGUCUUUUGAAGAUCUCCUUAUGGCUGGUGCUAGUAAAACUAAACAUUCGCAGCCAUCAAAGUUGUCACAAAAUGAUUAUGCUAAAUUAAAAUCAAAAUUUAAAGUGAAAAAGAAGGGAGACAAUGUUUCUACCAAGAAAGUGAAAGAUAACCUAGACCUUCAGGUUACUGAUGAGGAUAUACUUGGCGCACUACCCCAGCCUAAUACUCACUAUCGGCCGUGGAGACUAAAGGAAGUGGAGGAGAAAAAGAAAACAGAUGAAGAGCUACUGGAUGCUUUUAUUGCUGGCACAAAGACUACCGGAAGAACUCAGAUGUAUUCUGGGAAAAAGCAGAAUUUCGUUCCAGAGGUGUACAAGCUGUUUGACGUGUGUAUGAAAGUCCUAUGUAAUAACAUAGACAGUUUAGAAUUUGUGGGUGGUGUGCCAUUCACUAUCCUAAAACCUGUACUGGAGAAAUGUACUGCAGCACAACUUUACCGAUUGGAGGACUUCAAUCCUCAUUUCCUGGAGGAAUCGGACUCUCUCUGGAUGAACCACUGUCACAAAGACUUCCGGCUGAGCAAACCAGAAGAGAUGGAAACCUGGAGGGAACACUACUUGAGAAAGUUUGAUGAGCGGGAAGAGAAGCUGAAGAAAAUCAGUGCUAAUAUCAAUGCCUCAUUGGCCAAAAAAGUGCCAGAAAGGACAACACAGCUUGCUUAUAUUGACUCGGCAGCAAAACCUCCCAGAAAUGUCCGUCGCCAGCAAGCUAAAUACGGAACUGCAGGACCCUCCUCUGGAGAAAGAUCUAGAGCACGAUUUCUACCCAGUAUGGAUCCGAUACCUGUUGGAAAGCCCAAAGCUAUGAAGACAUCAGCGCCCAUGAUGGCUAAAACACUCACUAUGAUGAAGAAGAUUAGACGUUGAUGAAGAUGCAGCUGGUCAGCUAAAAAGUUCAUUUCAUUGAAAACUGUAGAUUGCAGUACUUUACAAAUACCUUUUUUCUGAAGAUUUUACAUCACAAAGUUUGUACCUACAUUAAUUAUGUCUGAAUUAUUGAAACUUUUAUGUGAGAAUGAAAUAGACAUUAAAUGAGAUAUAUAUGACCGACCAUACUAUGAUGUACAAAAUGUAUCAAACUUUUUGAUUACUAGUGGUUAUUGAAAGAUAAUCAGAUAUUGAGAUUAAGUAUUAUGUAGGAUUAAUUUUCUUUAUAGAACCUUAAUUAUAUUUGAUUAAACCUUCAUUUCCUGUUUUGUCAUUUUAUAUGAAUCUGGGUCUGGAAAUGUGUUUUCUAUUGUUUUGUUAGAUAGUGUUAUGACAGUUUUUCUGUAUUUUGUCUUUCAUUUAAGAAUUUACU